CGCCUACCGAUGCAAGUGUCCACUCUGCCCUUCCCACUCAGCCAGGCCUGGCCAGUGCUUCCUGGACAAGGAGUUCUUUUGCCUGACCACUGGACCAAGAGAGCCAACCUGAGGAGGAAUUACCCAGGAUCCUUCUUGAAGUGGCUGCCCAAGCUGAGGGUGUGAGUCUCUAUGCUGAGCACUGUAAAAUGCCAAGGCUGGCCUGCCCUCACCAUGGCCCCUGCCUGGCUGUGGAUGCUUUGCCUCUCUGUCACCCAGGCUCUUCUAGAGCUCCAGUUCGUAGAGCUGCACGUGGAAAUCCCGGAAAACUAUGGGGGAAAUUUCCCUUUAUAUCUGAUCAAGUUGCCACUGCCCCAUGAGGAGACUGAAGCCCAGCUCAUCCUGUCAGGAAAUGUGGACAGAGAGGGUCCUUUUGCUGUGGACCCAGAGUCUGGCUUCCUACUGCUGACCAGGCCCCUGGACCGAGAGGAACAUGCAGAGUACCAGCUACAGGUGACCUUGGAGUUUGAGGAUGGACGCGUCUUGUGGGGCCCACAGCCUGUGCUUGUGCAUGUGAAGGACGAGAAUGACCAGGUGCCCCACUUCUCCCAGGCCAUCUACAGAGUCCAGCUGAGCCAGGAUACCAGACCAGGUGUCCCCUUCCUCUUCCUUGAGGCUUCAGAUGGAGAUGAGCCAGGCACAGUCAAUUCAGAUCUUCGCUUCCAAAUCCUGAACCAGGCCCCAGCCCAGCCUUCUCCUGACAUGUUCCAGUUGGACCCUCAGUUGGGGGCUCUAUCCCUCAAGCCCAAGGGGAGCGCCAGUCAAGAUCAUGCUCUGGAGGGAUCCUACCAGCUAUGGGUGCAAGUCAAGGAUAUGGGUGAUCAGGACUUGGGCUACCAGGCCACAGCCAUAAUAGAUGUCUCUGUGGUAGAGAGCACCUGGGUACCACUAGACCCUGUGCACAUAUUGGAGAAUCUCCAAGUUCUGUACCCACACUACAUUGCUCAGGUACAUUGGAGUGGGGGGGAGGUGCAUUACUACCUGGAGAGCCAGCCCCCUGGACCCUUUGAUGUGGAUGCAGAGGGAAGACUCUCUGUGACAGCAGAGCUGGAUCGAGAAACCCAGGCUGAGUACCUGCUUCAGGUGCGGGCUCAGAAUCCCCGUGGUGAGGACUACACGGAACCCCUGGAGCUGCAUGUGGUGGUGAUGGACGAGAAUGACAAUGCACCUGUCUGCCCCCCACAGGGCCCCCCAAUCAGCAUCCCUGAGCUCAGCCCCCCAGGCACUGAGGUGACGAGGCUGAUGGCAGAGGAUAUGGAUGCCCCUGGCUCCCCCAAUUCCCACAUUGUGUAUCAGCUGCUGAACCCUGAGGCUGAGACAGAAGCAGAGAGAGCCUUGGAGCUGGACUCCACUUCAGGCAGAGUGACACUGGGAACUGCCCCCCUGCUGGCAGGCCAGAACCUCCUGCUUCAGGUGCUGGCCUCUGACCUAGGAGGAGCAGAGGGUGGGCUCAGCAGUACAUGUGAGGUCUCUGUCACAGUCCUGGACAUCAAUGACCAUGCCCCCCAGUUCACCAUUUCCCAGAUUGAGCCUGUGAGCCUCCGUGAGGACACAGAACCAAGUACCCUGGUGGCCACACUCACAGCCACUGAUGCUGACCUUGAACCUGACUUCCAUCUCAUGAACUUUGCCUUUGAGGCAGGAAAUGCAGAAGGAAUCUUUGGCCUGGAUUGGGAGCCAGGUUCUGGACAGGUCCACCUCCGACUCCUUAAAAAACUCAGCUAUGAUGCAGCCCCGAGCCACAAGUUGGUCGUGGUGGUACAGAAUGUAGCGGAGCUGGUGGGGCCAGGCCCAGGCCCUGAAGCCACCACCACAGUGACUGUGCUGGUAGAGAGGGUAGCACCAGCCCCCAAGUUGGCCCAGCAACUUUACAAGGCCAGUGUCCCCAUCAGCACCCCAGCUGGGUCCCUCCUGCUGACUAUCCAGCCUUCUGGGCCUCCAAGCAGUCCCCUCAGGUUCUCCCUGGUCAAUGAUUCAGAAGGCUGGCUCUACAUUGAGGAGGUCUCUGGGAAGGUGCACACAGCCAGGACCCUGCAGGGUGCCCACCCUGGGGACACAUACACAGUGCUCGUCAAGGUCCAGGUGGCAGAUGAACUAUCCCUGAGCACCUCUGCCACCAUCAUGAUCAACUUCCUGAAGGCCUCUUCUGCCCCAGGCCUGAUUCUGACUCCUGUGCCCACCCGACACCUAUGUACACCACGUCAGGACCAUGGUGUGGUCGUCAGUGGACCCAGCAAGGACCCUGACCUGGCUGGUGACCAAGGCCUCUAUAGCUUUGCCCUUGGUCCUAACCCCACAGUGCAGCGGGAUUGGCGCCUCCAGACUCUCAAUGGCUCCCACGCCUACCUCACCCUGGCUUUGCACUGGGUGGAGCCACGUGAGCACACAAUCCCGGUGGUUGUCAGCCACAACACCCAGAAGUGGCAGCUCCAGGUCCGAGUGAUUGUGUGUCGCUGCAACGUGGAUGGGCAGUGCCUGCGCAAGGUGGGCCAUAUGAAGGGCAUGCCCACAAAGCUGUCGGCCGUGGGCACCCUCGUGGGAACCCUGACAGUGAUAGGCUUCUUGCUCAUCCUUAUCUUCACCCAUUUGAGCCUGUCAAGAAAGAAAAAUCUAGAUCAGCCAGUGGACAGUGUGCCUCUGAAGGCGGCAGUCUGAAAAGUCAGCAGGGAGCUUGGUCUCUGACUCCAUCUGAAUCCACUGGGAGAGAACCCUGAACCUCAGAUCCAGGACAGAGUGGACACCUUUGCACCUGCACUGGAGUAGAGGCAAUAAAUACUUCUGGCCAUGUCUGUAGAGCCUAAGCACUGACUUUGUGGGCUAUUGUGGAGCACUCCCAACGGCGGUGUGCAGGUCCAACAAUAAAGUCUCAAAGAGACUAA